UCCCCUCCGCUCCCGCCGCCGCGCUCCACCCUCCUCCAAUCCACGCCCCGGAGCUCCCUCCCCACACCCUAUCGCCACAUCCUCCAAUCGCUUCGCCAGCGGCGGCGUACUUCCGGCGACACCACCGGACGGCGGCGAGAAGGAAUAGAUAUUGAUAGGCGCAGCAAAACGAAGCUUUCCUCUCGCCAGUCUUCCAUCUUACUCCAAGCCCACCUCCACAAUGGCAGAGCCCUGCAAGAUUCCUGCUGCCAUGGUAGCCGAAUCCGUGGAGAGGUCAUAUGUGCUCAAAAUAGAUGGAUACUCAAGAGUGAAGGGGCUACUGAAGAACGGCAAGUUCGUCGCCUCCACCCCUUUCAGUGUUGGAGGCCACAACUGGACCGUGAAAUAUUACCCGAACGGUUGCCCCAAGUACUGUGACGAUUUCAUAUCUCUGUAUGUGCACCAUGAAUCUGCCGGUGCCAAAGAAGUGAAGGCGAAAUUGUCGCUCAAUGUGCUUGACAAGAAUGGGAAUCCGGUGCCUUCCUACACCCGUACCACCCCUGUGAAUACUUUCUCAAGGAAAGCUCCGACCUGUGGCUACUAUGACUUCAUCCCGAAGGAUGAGCUUGAGGAGUCGGCGCAUCUUAGAGGUGACUGUCUCACCAUCAGGUGCGAUGUUACCGUCUUGAAGGAGAUCGAAGAAGCAAUGGUUCCUCCAAGCGACCUGCACCGGCACCUCGGUGAUCUCCUGAAGAGCAAUGAUGCAGCGGACAUGACCUUUCAAGUUGACGGACAGAGAUACUCCGCUCAUCGGUGUGUUGUUGCCGCUCGGUCGUCCGUCUUCAAGGCGGAGCUCCUCGGCGCCAUGGAGGAGAGUUCCGGUAGUACCAUUGUAAUCCGUGACAUGGAAGCUGAUGUGUUCGAGUCCUUUCUCCAUUUCAUAUACACCGACUCGGUUCCUCCAGCGCUUGAUGUGGUGAUGGCCGGACAUCUACUCGUGGCGGCUGACAGGUACAACAUCGGUAGGCUGAAGGUGAUAUGCGAGGAGAAAUUAUGCAGUCACAUUGAUUCCAACAUGGUGGCUACCAGCUUGGCUUUGGCUGAGCAACAUGGUUUCCGUCGUCUCAAGGAAGCUUGUUUGCAGUUCCUUGCUUCUCCGUCCAAUUUGGAGGCCAUGAUGACAAGUGAUGGCUAUGAGCAUCUGAAAUCCAGCUGCCCAGCUGUUCUUAAGGAGCUGAUAGCUAGAAUCAUCCCGGCUGAAUUUACAUCAGCAAAGGAUAUUAUCAUGACAAUGUGGAAGUAAUGCCUACCAUACCAUUAUCAUAUACUGUCAUCCAAAAUUUAUUACCAAAGGAUAUUAUGCUACAUCUCCAUGUAUCGUGUAUGUUUCAGAAUAAAAAUGCUACUUA